AUGAUACGCGAACAUAAGAACGUCUUACUGCUUGUUGCGGACGACCUUGGCUUAUACCUUGGAUGCUAUGGGACCAAGGGCAUUAAGUCACCCAACAUCGAUGCUCUAGCAGCAGAAGGAACUCGAUUCACCAAUGCCUUUGCAAGCACAGCGUCUUGCAGCGGGAGUCGUUCGACCAUAUACACUGGACUACACACUCAUCAAAAUGGCCAGUACGGGCUUGAGCAUGGAUGGAACCAUUUCCAGACUCACGAGCACAUAGAGACUGCCCCGCAAGUCUUCAACAGCCUUGGCUUUCAAACAGGCAUCAUUGGCAAAGUCCACGUUGGCCCCAGGCGAGCGUAUCCGUGGGAAGUGUUUGAAGACAGCCAAAGUCGUGAUACGAAAUGGGUGGCUUCCAGGGCUGCAGCCUUCUUCGACAAAGCCAAGGAGACGAAUCGGCCAUUCCACUUGACCAUUGGAUUUCACGACCCGCAUAGGGAUAACACCCGGGAAGGUUUUUCAAACGAUGCUCCCGAAGUUGUGAAAGCUGGGUUGGAGGGACCUGACUUUAGGGUUGAUGAUGUAGAAGUUCAAUCGUUCAUAUCAGACGUUCCAGAAUUGCGGACAGAACUAAUCCAAUACUACAAAGCUAUCUGGAGACUUGACAAGGGCAUUGGAUGGGUUCUGGACGCACUCAGGGAGCGAGGACUUGACAGCAAUACUCUGGUCGUCUUCGUCAGUGACAAUGGCGCUCCAUUCAUCAACUCCAAGACCACGCUGUAUGAGGCCGGCGUUCAGCUACCAUUUAUAGUCAGGAAGCCGCACCAAGAACCUGGCGUUGUGAACUCGAACUUUGUCUCCUUUCUCGAUAUCUUGCCAACUGCUAUCGAUUGGGUUGGCCACAAGGAUGGUGACAUCAAGACGCCGAACACCGGCAAAUCGCCUAAGAGACUGGGUGACUCUGUCCUACCAAUUCUGGAGAGUUCUCAAACCCUGUCUGGCGAUAAAUGGAAGCAGCAUGUCUUCGGCUCGCAUACCUUUCACGAAAUUCAGAACUAUUACCCGACGAGAUACCUACGGACUCACAAAUACAAGUAUCAUCGCAACAUCAAGAACCGCUUGGACUUUCCAUUUGCAGCCGACCUGUACGGAAGUAUCUCCUGGGAAGGCAUUAGAAACAAAGAUGGACCCGUCAUGAUCGGCAAGCGUCCGCUGGAGGCAUAUUUGUUUCGUGGCCCAGAGGAGCUGUAUGACGUGGAGAAGGAUCCAGAGGAGGUCCAUAACUUGGCGGAGAACGAGAACUACCAAGACAUCCUGAAAGACUCGCGCGAGAAGCUUGAGGCAUGGCAGUAUGAGACGAAUGACGCCUGGUUGUUUAGAGAUGGUGUCUCAGCGACUGUCAUGGAGGACUAUACAAAGCUCGGUCUGAGACUACCAGAUCGAUUUGAGCUAGAUCUGAAGAACCCUGGCACGAAGAAUGUUGAUGCGUGGAAGCCACCUGUAAGAAAGUAG